UGUCUAAUAAUUCAAUACAGUGUAAAGUUUGUGUUUUGGAGUAAAAUGGAGUCCGGGCAGAGUGCGAAUCGGCGCGGAUUGUACUUUUUUUGAACAGGUGUAAACAACGAAAAUAGCGCGACAUGAAUGAAAGAAGGGUCACUUUUGCAACGAGAAUGCCAUAAUGGGACGUGUUUCUCUAAUUUUGUGUUUCGUCUAUUGCAUAUUCCAGCCUUUGUGCUCAACCCUAGAUCAAGUAACCCUUGCAGCGUCGUUUUACGGCAACAGCUACAUUUCAAUACCCCUCAAAGAGGCCAAGAGCACAACAACAAUUCAUUUCAAAUUCAAAACUAGACUCUCGGACGCAUUAUUACUGUUCGCCACAGGCUCCAACGAUCAUUGCACGAUCACUCUUGAAAAUGGAAAGCUAAAAGUCAGCAUUGAUCUUGGUGGGGGCGAAGCUGAACUUUUAUCGCAUGCUGCAUUAAAUGACUUCAAAUGGCAUGAUGUUAAUAUCGAUAGAAGAGAUGCUAAUAUUAGUAUGAAUGUUGAUAAAUUUGCUACUGUUAGUAAAAAUAUACCUGGAAGAUUUUUUGAAUUAAAUAUUAAUUCUGGAUUAUUUGUUGGAGGGAAAGGAAAUGAUUCUGAUACAUUUUUUGGACAUUAUAAUAAUUUUAGAGGAUGUCUCGAGCAGGUACUUAUUACUUUACAAUUUUAUCUUAAUAUUAAAUAAUGGAUAUUUUCAAUA